AGUACUUUUCCCACUCUGUCAUGCCAGCUUUUUUCGGUUUCCUCAUCUCUACAUUGAGACAACUUAAAGUGAAGUUUUUCAGAAGAAGCUGCACUAUCAUCUUGGAGCUACCUCUGACAGCACCACCUGACUUCACAAGGUCUCCUGAGUAAGAAGUAGAAAACAUGGAAGACCCAUGGCAGAAGGCAUAUGACUUUGCCGUUGAAGUGGCAAGAAAAGCUGGGGCGGAAAUUAGGAAAGCUGGUGAGAGUGAAAUAAGGGUCAUGACAAAAAGCUCCACUGUAGACCUUGUCACUAAGACUGAUGAGAGAGUGGAGAAAAUCAUCAUUGGGUCUCUUAAACAGGAAUUCGGAGAAGGCACACACUGUUUCAUUGGGGAGGAGUCAGUUGCAAAGGGGGAACCGUGUGUCUUAACUGACAAACCUACAUGGAUCAUAGACCCGGUGGAUGGCACCACAAACUUUGUUCAUGGAUUCCCAUUUGUGGCUGUGUCAAUUGCCUUUGCAGUCAACAAGGAGCUGGAGUUUGGUGUGGUGUACAGCUGCUUGGAAGACAAGAUGUAUAAAGCAAGGAAGGGGAAAGGAGCUUUCUGUGAUGACGACCCAAUUCAGGUGUCCGAUGUAGCAGAAAUCAAGAAGUCCAUCAUUAUUUCUGAGCAUGGAACCGACAGGUCCCCGGAAAAAGUAACUAAGAUCUUCUCUACCAUGCAGAAGAUCCUCUGCAUCCCUGUGCAUGGGCUCCGAGGAUCAGGGACAGCUGCCACUAACAUGUGUCUAGUGGCGUCAGGGGCGGUGGAGGCCUUCUUUGAGAUUGGGAUCCACUGCUGGGACAUUGCCGCUGGUGCGGUCAUAGUCAAAGAAGCUGGAGGAGUGUUACUGGAUGUCGAUGGGGGACCAUUCGAUUUGAUGUCCCGAAGGAUGGUUUCAGCAAACAACGAGAUUAUUGCUAAGCGGAUCAUCAAAGAAAUUGAAAUAUUCCCAGCGGAGAGGGAUGAUGCUCCGCUGCAGAAGAAAUGAAAAUAUUUUGAAACCCUUGUUUACACUGAACAAAUGCAUUGCAAAAUACGUACAAAAAUGCGGCCUGUUGCUGUACGUGUGUCCAAAUAAAGUUCCCAUGCUUUGAUCACCGCUGAUGAUCUUAAUUGGCAUGCUGGACGUGUUUCAUUGCCUGCACAUUUUUCAUUCAAAGGAAAUAAUUUCCGCUUAACAGAAGUGACCUUGAGGUUACAUUUGAUUACUCUUCUGUGAUUCGUCUGUCAAAAAUAUUGAUUGAAGUGGGGAAAAAGCUGUAAUUUUGCACUUGGCAUUUUUGUAUAUCAGCAUAAUUUGCACACUUGUCUUUGGUCUGUGGCUGACCAUGUAUAUAUUUGACCUUAUGAUAUACAUGAAAUACUCAGCUUGUAACAGAGCUUUCCAAAAGCGCCAGCUGCUGGCGUAACAGCCAACUACUCAUUUCUGCUUGGCUAUGUUAUUGUAUUUAGUUUUGAUUCUAAUAAAAUAGUUUUGCUUAACGA